AUGGAUCACCCAGCGCAAACGGCCCAAGGGCAGGAGCACAGCACGUCCACGCACGCAAAUGCCCAAGCAGAAGCCUCCAGCGCGACGCAGGCUCAGUCUGCGCCCGGAGCCAGUGCCAAUCCCAUGCAGCAUGGCGACUUCUCGAAUCUACCUAUGCAGACAGAGAUGCCAGCAGACCUGAAUCUUCUUUCCAUGAUGCCACAGGACGGAAGCUUGCUGGGCCCAGAUGCGCUUAUGAACAUGCCAAUGAUGAUGCCUAUGAUGAUGCCGGACGGUUCGAUGGACACCAACGGCAUGUUGGACGAGAUUGCCUUGUACGACAGACAAAUACGCCUGUGGGGUAUGCAGGCCCAACAGAAAAUUCGCAACGCUAACGUCUUGCUCAUCACAAUGAAGGGCCUGGCGAACGAGAUCGCCAAGAACUUGGUGCUUGCGGGCAUAGGGUCUUUGACUAUCGUCGACCAUGAGAACGUCACCGAGGCCGACCUGGGUUCUCAGUUCUUUCUCUCUGAGAAAGAAGGUCAUUUAGGGAAGAACAGGGCCCAGGCAGCCUUGCCCCAGGUCGCGAAGCUGAAUCCACGCGUCAACGUCAUCGCCGACACGGACGAUGUGCGCUUCAAAGGCGCGAGCUACUUCGCCCUGUUCGACAUGAUCAUUGCAACCGACCUAGAUCCGGAUGCUCUCAACAUCAUCAACACCGCGACGCGCUUAAACAUGCGGCCAUUCUAUGCAGCUGGUACACAUGGCCUGUACGGCUUCAUCUUCGCUGACCUGAUCGAGCACACGUUCUCAAUUGAACGGGAGAAACCCAACGUGCCAACAGAGCCGAAAGCGGAGACUAGAACUCGAACUAUUUUCCAAGUUGACACGAAAAAGGAGAACGGGAAGACUAUGGAGAUCGUCUCCAAGAAGGAAGUCUACAGCACUUGGUUGCUCUCCAGCGAUGGCGCCUUCUUACCUGAAGAGUACACGAAGAGCAAGAGACGCCUCAAGGCGGUCAGCCCCGCCCUGUCGUGCCUUCGGGCACUAUGGGAGUUCCAGACGUCCCAUAACGGUCGCAAUCCAGGAGCAAACCAGGCCGAUCUCGCGGCAUUCACGAAAUCGGCCACUCAAAAGCACAAGGAUCUCCAGUUGCCAACGGAGACCCUUACAGCUGAGUUCCUCCGAAGUUUCCUGCAGAACAUAGGGUGUGAGGUUGCACCAGUGACUGCCAUACUGGGCGGGCAACUGGCACAGGAUGUGAUCAAUGUACUCGGUCAGACCCAGCAGCCCAUCCAGAACACUGUGAUUUUCGACGGCAACAACAUGGAGGCCAGCCUAUAUCCUCUUCACCCGGAAGGCAACCUCGGCGCGUCGCUGCUUUCCAUGGGAAUCGGCGGUAUGGCUGGAAUCCCCGGGAUGGGCAACGGAGACAUGAACGGACUGAUGGGUGACCCUUCGAUGAUGCAUAUGGGCAUGCCACCCAUGGAUAUGAACUUUAACGGCGCUCCCAUGGGCACUGGCGGGCAACCCCAUUUUAACACGGCGGGAGCAGGCACAAACGAGGCGCAAUCAAGCUUCACUGGUGCCAAUGCAGCAGGCCCAAGCACGGAUACGGGUGCAGGCGCUAGCGAGACACAUCCAAGUGGCUAA